UCCGAAGUCAAGGCAGAUAAUGGCUGAACACAACUUUUCUUGCUAAAGGGAAAUGUGAGCGGUCACAUCAUACGCGAUUUCACUGGAAAUGAUUGAUUAAUUACCUGAGGAGGGUAUGGCACUCCAGAAUGACUCAAAGCACCUGAACUUGGGUUCGAAGAGGAAGGACACAAAACAAACGGAAGCAAUGAAAGCAGCCUCUUUCUCGAAAAGGGAGAGGCCCUCAAAGUGGCUGUUGGCUCUUCCACCAGUCAUAGUCAUCCUUGUUCUUGCUGUGACUGGGGUCCUUAUUUGGUACUUUUUAGUCUACAGAGUUAUGGUGCUGGAACCCAGGGUGCAUCAGGAGUACACGGCAUCGAUCACCAUCCUCAACAGGAACUUCACUUCACAGCUUGCCUCUCGCACCAGCUUGGAGUUCAGGAUGGAGGCACGAGUUGUGGAGGACACGGUGAAAAAACUUGUGAAAUCAUCAGAUUUAUAUUGGUAUUUCAACUCUACCAGUGUCUACGCUUUCGGGGAGGGCAGUGUAGUGGCACAUUUCUGGCUUAUUCUGUCAGUGCCUGAGAGCCUUGUGGAGAAGGUCACACCAAGCCGUGUAAAUAGCAGCCUUUAUAGCAGCCUGAUGGUAUUUGGCAACGGGGAUACAGUCAACUAUGAGGGAUACGUGCUCCAUCUCCCCUCCUUCUGUAUAACAGAAUCGGAAGCCAAAGUUAUAGAUUUGUUGAAAUCUUCAUUUGACUGUUAUAGGUACCAGUCAGUGGUCUCCAGCACCCCAGUAGCCUUGCAGGGCCCCAACACUCAGCGCUCCUCCUGCAUCUGGCACCUCGAGGCUCCCCAGGGUUCCCAGCUGGAGUUACAGAUGGAGUGGCUGCUUCCAGACUGCAGGGACCGCCUGGCUGUAUACGACUCUACCACGCCAGCAGAUGCCCAUCUAAUAACAUCACUGUAUCGAUGCAGUCGAUUGGAGCAGGUGGUUAGGGUGCUCUCCUCGGCGCAGUGGAUGACUGUGGUGUGGAAGCAAGGUCUCUACAACUACAAGGACCCGUUCUCCCUUUCUGCCCAAGCCUGGCCCUCUCAGGUGUGUUCAUCCACGUUCUUCUUGCGGCCUGUCUUGGGUGUACAAGGCAGCUUCCAAACACCCUUCUAUCCCAGCUACUACCCUCCGGACACCAACUGCUCCUGGCACUUCACUGUACCAUCUACCAGUUUUGGGCUCAUGCUGGAGUUUGAGGGCUAUGAGCUGACGAGGGCCGGCUACAACCAGGCUUGCACCCAAGGAGAGUGGGUCAUUCAGAACCGCAGACUAUGUGGGACUCGAAGCCUUCAACCCUAUGCAGAGCGCCUUUACCUGGUGUCAGCCUCUGUGACUGUCACUAUGACCUCUGAAGUGUCCCUCACAGGCCCUGGACUCAAGGUCCACUAUAGUCUCUUCAACCAAGCAGACCCCUGUCCAGGAGAAUUCCUGUGCACGGUAAACGGGCUAUGUGUCCCUGCAUGUGAUGGGAUCAAGGACUGCCCCAAUGGCUUGGAUGAGAGGAACUGUGUAUGCACUGCACAGUACCAGUGUCCUGAAGACAGCCAGUGCUUAGAUUACUUCAAAGUGUGUGACCAUCAUCUGGACUGUCCAAAUGGAAUGGAUGAGGACAACUGCACAGAAGGAGUGCAGUGUACCGAAAUGACCUAUGUGUGCGCUGAUAGCACCUGUGUCAAGAAGCCCAACCCAGAGUGUGACUUUGUCACUGACUGCCCGGAUGCCUCAGAUGAAAAGCACUGUGACUGUGGGAUUCAACAUUUCCCCAGCCGUGUGGUGGGUGGGCUCAACUCCGUUGAGGGGGAGUGGCCAUGGCAAGCCAGUCUGCAGUUCAGCGGUCGGCAUCUCUGUGGGGGGGUUCUCAUCUCCAGCCAAUGGGUAGCAUCAGCUGCUCACUGCUUCUAUGAUGAUAGCUUGUAUUCUCCUAGCCUGUGGACGGUGUACCUCGGCAAACUGCUUCUGAAUCGCAGCAGCCCGACAGAGGAGGCCCUGCGAGUAAAGGAGAUCCACCUGCACCAGUACUACGAUGAUGACACGCACGACUACGAUCUGGCACUUCUGAAGCUAGAGAGACCAGUAUCUUCUCGGACCCUGGCCCAACCCGCGUGCCUGCCACCUCGCACACACCUGCUGGAGCCGGGGGUACAGUGCUGGGUGACUGGCUGGGGGGCACUGAAGGAGACGGGUUUCACCAGUAACAUCUUGCAGAAGGUGGAUGUGCGUUUGAUCAGUGAGGAUGUCUGCAACAAAUCUUAUGGCUACAGGAUCACUCCCAGAAUGCUCUGUGCUGGCUUUCGAGAUGGGGGAAAGGAUGCGUGUCAGGGAGACUCUGGGGGACCUCUUGUGUGCCAGGAGCCAUCUGGCCGCUGGUUUCUGGCAGGAGUGGUCAGCUGGGGUAUUGGCUGUGCUCGACCCUACUACUACGGUGUCUACACUCGCAUCACCAAGAUGACAAGCUGGAUUAAGGAGCUCACCUCUUCCUAAAGGUCCCAAUUCUCUCUGUUCAUGCCUACUUGUGACACAUCUUGGGAGCUAUCAAGGGCAACAGAGCCAGAGGGCCCAGUCUGACAUGUUUGGUCAACAUAUUGUUAACUCAGAACUACUUCAGGUCGAAAGAACCCUUUUUCCAAGCAUGGAAAGAAUAAGUUUUCUUAGUCAAACUCUCAACAAACAAGUGGAACUGAACCUCUGUUUCUGUCUGUGCAAAGCCUUAUGGAAGGAUUGUUAACAUAUGGGGGGGCCAAGGGAAACAGUCCACAGUGAGGUGCAUUGACCUGAACACAAAGAUUGAUGUGGUCCUGCUCCACAUGCAGCCACAUACAGCUGCUAUUUCCACCUGAUUUGGAACUGGGCACCUGCCGUGCAUCAGUAGAUGCCAAUGUUGGAAUAGUGCAUCAAGUCCUGGCAAUAUGAUUCUCAUAUUACAUUGUUUGGUUGUCAGAAUGUAGAUCAAGGAGACAGCUAUACAGAUACAUAUUCAUGGACAGAAGUGAUGCAAAAUGCAACCAACAGACUCUGCCAGGAGCAAUGCCUACAGACUAUGAGGACAUGCUCUCACACUGUCAUUUAUAGAGUGAGAGAUUGUAAGUUGUGAAAAAUUAAGUUUAAGUUUAAAUCUUAACAUUUUUAGCCAGAACUUAAUUUGUACCAUAAAUCAUAAAUCUGCUUCCAUUUUCCUUUAAAAUGUUCAUGUUGAUGAUUUAGUAACUGUGGUUAAGUUUAUUGGGAUUUAAGGACUGUGCGGUCGUAUGUUGUGCAAAUGAUGAUUUAGCACUUCAGUUCAGUUCGAUUCCAUGCAGUGACACACAGACCUGAACAAAGGAUCUGUGAAGUGUUCAUAAAGACCUUUUGAUUUUAAUUAUUGCUCUUUAAAGGUAGUGUGUAUUAUUUGCAAAUGUGCAGGGGGUUAGAACCUCUCACUGCUAUACUGAAGUUUUUUGUCCCUAAAAUGAUAACCUCUACCCCAGUAACAUUCAAGAUACUCCUGAAGUAUGAUGCACUUAUUUUGUAAUGAGAAAUGGAAUUCUGUAGUUGUACAC